GUUUUGUGUUGACGUCUGGUUCGCGAUGUAAACAUUGUGAUGUGUCGCUUUUUUCAGUUUUUUCGUCGAGUAUGAACAAAAUUAUUGUGCAAAAGUGCAGCAAAACUAGGAAAUUUAUCAAACUAAAUUAGGUGGUUAUCUUCACAAUUCAUUCACAAUGGAUAUCACCUCUCUGUUCAAGGCCUCAGUGAAGACAGUGCGCCUAAAAUCGUCAGCCGCUACCUUCCCGGUGCCCAACAAGUCCAGAAUCCUGUCCAAAAAGCCCAGCAAUGAGUUCUCUGAAAAGGCGAAGAAAAUCCGUUUCCAAAUCACCCAGCUGAAAAACUUGUUGGUGGAAAAUCGGGCGGCCUACAUGCAAUUUGCGUAUCAUCUGAAAAACUCGGCACAAAUGACGGACGAGGAGCGCGACAUCAUCGACCGAGAAUCGGAGAACAUCAUCCGGAUGUGCACGGGCAUGCUGAACGAUUUCAAAGCCGAGUGCCGCAAAACGAAGCGCAGCAAGCAGAUGGCCGAGUUUAUGGAUCUGGUACUCGAGGCGCUGUCCAGCUACAUGAACGCUGUCCAUCACAUUGCCAACGAGCAGCGCCAGUUCCGAAUACAGCGAGAACUGGAGACGUACAAAUUUCUCAAGCUCAAUUCGGACAAGAAAUCACUUUCUGCCGUGGCACCGCCAGCAAAGUUGCUGGCCGACCCUCCGAUUAAUGGUAUACAGAAACAUCACCACAGCGGCAGGGGCGAAAAGAAACGACAAUCGACGCUUAACGAUGAAGAGCUAGAUGAUUUCGCUGACCACAUGGAGGCUUCCAGGGCCAAAGUUAUUUCGCAGGACGAGGACCUGGACAACAGUGGUUCUUUCUUCGAAGAAGAGGAUGAACUAAGCCCAGAAGAUAUUCAGAUUUUCGAAUCGGAAAAUGUGCAACUUUACAAUGAACUAAAGGGUCUAUCUGAAGAGGUUGAGCAGAUAGAAAAGAACGUAGUGGACAUAGCGUAUCUUCAGGAUAUCUUCACGGAAAAGAUUUCCCUGCAAAAAACGGACAUCGACAGAAUUGCCAACACCGUGGUGGGCGCAACGGAAAACGUAAAAGACGCCAACGAGCAAAUUAAACAAGCAAUCCAACGGAACGCCGGCCUCCGAGUGUGGGUUCUGUUCUUCCUGAUUGUGAUGUCUUUAACUUUGUUGUUUCUCGACUGGUACAAUGAUUAGACGUGCUGUGCAGCGCCCCGAAAUUAGGAUAAAAAAAAUGUUAUCUUGUGAUAUAUUGUUAUCCGUGCUGAAGAACGUUGCUGCGACUGAUCGUAGGUUGAGAGGGUGGCUCACAGCUCUUCGUGGUGGAGGUUCACUUGCGAAAUCGUGCAGUAAUCCAGGUAGGUGAAUAUUACACUAUUGCGAAUGGAACGAUAUUAGCUGCAUUUAAACGGUUGGCUUUCAACGACAUGAAA